AUGCCCCUCGCCCGACGCCCCGACGCGCGCGCGCGAUCGUCCGACGUCGUCGCCGCGCGCGCGCGCGAUGCAGGGACGGACGCGGACGCGGCGGCGCGCGACGAGACCACGUUCGAGGACCUGCGCCUGGACCACACGUUCGUUCGAGCGCUUCGACGAUGCGGCUACGACGCGGCGUCGCCGGUGCAGGCGUCGACGGUGCCGCUGGGACGGUUUGGAUGCGAUGUCCUCGCGCAGGCGAAGAGCGGGACCGGGAAGACGAUGGCGUUCGCGAUCGUCGUCGCGGAACGCGUGGAGGCGGGACGGCGACGCACGCAGGCGCUCGCGUUGGCGCCCACGAGAGAGAGCGCGACGCAAACGAGGGAUUGCGUCGAGAGAUUGAUCGAAGGCUUUCGUGAGGUUGAUGGGAGCGAUGUGCGAGGUGAGAUGACGUGCGCGCUGCUCGUCGGGGGGUUGCCGACGAAGGAGGAUAGACGGCGCUUGGCGCUGCAGCCGCACGUCGUGGUCGGAACGCCGGGUCGAACGAGACAGAUGAUGGAAGAGGGAGCGAUGGCGUGCGAUGGGAUUAGAUUGUUGAUCCUGGACGAAGCGGACGCGCUGCUCACGGGGACGUUCGAGCGCGACGUGCUCUUCGCGUACAAUAUGCUGCCGGAGAGAAAGCAGGUGUGCGCGUUCAGCGCGACGUACUCGCGAGAGUUGAUACGAGAUUUGGAGCGAUUAAUGCGGUCGCCGCAGAAGGUAAUGCUGUGCGAGAGCACGACCGCGUUAAAGGGGGUUCGACAGUUUUACUCCCUCGUCGAGGAGACCAAGCUCGCCGACGUCAUCGCGGCCAAGGAGGCGCGGUUGUUGAAGAUUUUCGACGACGUGGCGUUUCAUCAAGCCGUCGUUUUUGUCCGUCGAUUGGCCUGGGGAGAGGCUCUGGCAAAACGUCUGACGUCGCAAGGGGUCAAAGCCGCGUUCACCGCGGGUGUGCUCCCACAGGAGCGUCGAAUGAAAGUGAUGGAGGACAUGCGGAACUUUCAACUCCGCGUCUUGGUCUCCACGGAUCUCACCGCACGCGGUGUUGACUUGACGCACGUGAAUCUGGUCGUGAAUCUUGACGUGCCACCGAGUGGAGCGACGUACAUGCACCGAGUCGGUCGAACCGGCCGCUUCGGUACGUACGGGUUGUCAGUCGCCGUGCUCACCGCCGGCGAGCUCGAACAGCUCCAAAGCAGCCUCACCGCGGAGCGCGGCGGCGACAUCGAACCCUUACCGGACGUCAUACCGUCGAGUUGGUACGAUUAUGAGCUCGACGAGGACGACGCCGAACUGUUUCAGACCCUGAAAGAGGCCCCGAUAGAAUCUAGUGAGGCGUCGGAGGAGGAAGAGACGCCGCCGGAAGUCGACGUCGAUCCAUCCGACGACUUUGGCGCCGCAGACUUCGUCGACGAAUCCCCCGCGUCGUUCGAUCCCGACAAUAUCAACGGUUACACGAUUGAUUUUCGAGGGAACGACAACGACGUCGACGCCGAAGCUCAAGCUGAGCACGAUGCUUACUGGCGUUGGUUCGAUCUCGUGCACCCGCCCUCGGCGCGCCGUCCGCGAUACCUCCCUCCACCUCCCGGCGCCAACGAACAUCCGUGGUUCGUCCCGCCCAUUCACACCGAUCUCAUUCGCUUACCCUUCGUCUCCAACCCUCCACCGUUCCCUUUCUGA